AUGGCUCCAAGAAAUCAUGGUAAAUCAAGUGGAAAACCUAAAUGUCCAGGAUGUAGUCAUCAUUUUGAAGAUUUACGAAGACAUGUCUUGAGGAUACAUAGAACUACAAUAUCGGAGUUACAACGACGACAACAAAAUAUUACAAUACAAAGACUAAAUGAAAGCCCUAAUUCACAUCAAGAAACACCGCAUGUUUCAGCAUUAACUAGGGAAGAAAAUCUUACUGAUUCUACUAAUUCUUUGCAUCAAGAAUCUCUUAAUUCGCGCCAAAAAACACCCAGUCUUCAUAGUGAUGGAAAUCUCGAACAUGUCUUAGCAUUAACGAGUGGAGAUCAAAUUAAAAAUGCCUUCGAAACUUAUAUUUUAAAAACAACCCAAUUUUAUCAACGUCAAUUAAAACGAAAAGAAAUUUCAAGUGAUGAGUGUUUUAAUAAUACUGAAAUUCUUAAUGCAUUAAAAUCUCGAAUAGUUAAAAUAGUUAAUGAAAUUAAGAGAUUUAGCAACCGAAACAAUAUUUUAGAAAAGAAGGCCGAUUAUUUUCAAACUAAGACAAAUUCAUUAAUAAAAGAAAAUAAAGCCUUAAGGAAAGAGGUCAAAGCUUUAAGAAAGGAAAACAAAGCAAUAAGAGAAGUUAUUAUGCAUUCAAUUAAUAUAAAUAAUCAUAAUGUAGAUCAAUAUGAGAAUGAAAUAAGAAAACUUCUUGAAAUUGACAAUGAUGAAAACGCAAUUAAAGAAUGUUUAUUGCCUUGCACAUUUUUGUUUAUUGUUAAUGAAGAAGAUACUGAAGAUACUGGUGAAUGUUCCAACUCAAAUCAUAGAAAUAAUGGCAAUAAAGGUGAUGUUAGCAAAGAUAGCGAAGAAAAUAGUGACAAUGAAGCUGAUGAUGGCGAAGAAAAUUGUGAUGACGAAGUCAAUGAUAACUUAGAAGAAAGUGAUA